AAUUUAGAGGACAUUACAAAAUAUUCUCUUUUGUACUUGAUUUUGAAAUGAGAUCUAUCGAUUUCAAAUUCAAGUUCGUCUAAGAGACAUUUGCUUCCUGGAAUCUUGACACAUCAUGAAUGUAAAUAUUUUAUUCGGACUGUUAAAAAAAAUAAUAAUCUUAAAAAAGAAAAAGUGCAGCACAAUAACAACCUAUUUUUAGUUCAGUAGAAAAAUUUCUUUUCCUCUGCUUUUACCCCACGAAAAGAUAUUCAUAAUUUCUGGGAAUGUAAUAGGAAAAAGAAAGCAACAUUCAAGGCUGAGCAGUUUAUUAUCUAACUUUUAGAUAGCCUCUGGACCUUAAUUAUCGACUCCCACCAUCCCUGAGUUUGUGCCAGGCAUCAUUUUUGUUUGCAAUGUGUUUUAAUUAGUAUCAAACGGAGUGAUGAAAACGCCAAUGGUGAAAUAUGCCUUCUGCGGCUGCUCUUUGGAGUUCGGGUCAAAGAUCAUAGCAUUUUUUCAUCUGACUGCAUACUCAAUUUUGUUUUUGAUAUAUGCCUUAUACGCAUGGAUGCCUAGUACAAUCCACGAAGAAGAAAGAGAAUUAGAAGAGGAGAAACGUAAUCAUUCGUUUUACAGUGAGGAAGAAAAUAUUACAUUUCAUGGACCAGCACAUCUUGAAAUUGAAGGUAUAAGGGCAACAUACUUCUUAGAGUACACUGCAUUUAUCCAACUUGUGUUCUGCGGUUAUCUGGUGUAUGGAGUCUUGAAGAAGAGUGCUGAACACAUGUUUUCUUGGGUUCUCUGCCAAAUUGCAUUCUCUUUCCACGCAUCUAUAAUCAUAAUUCUCAAUCUUGUCUUCGUUGUUCAACACUACCCUUCACAUGCGAUGUAUUUCAUAUUUCAAGAAAUCGCCAGUUCAGGAUUUGAGUUGUACUGUGCAAUGGUCAUAUACAGCUACAUACAACAGCUCUCGAAAAAUCAAGAAGACGGGAUGCAAUUUUUCUAAAGGGGCGAAUGAUUAUUCUGUAUGUCAUGAAAAGAUGUUAACCAUUUUUGUAUGUUAAAGCCUAUUUAUAUUUUGUUAUUGUAUAAAUUAUAUUACACAGUUAUAGAUUUGUUUUGAUUAUUAUCUGUUAAUUAUAUGUUUAAAUGUAUUUAAUGUACUCAGCCUUUAUUAAACUGUAAAUAAAUUAUAAUUUGGUAAGUUCAUCAAUAUAAAUAUGAGGGAUUAUUUUUAUUAUGGUUGAUUAAUUCUUGACCAUGGUGAAUAACAUAUAAAAAGGAUGGCCAGGGUGACGAAGGCCAACGAAUUAUUUUUGGCUAUAAAUAAAAAUUAUAAUUUUUUGUGA